UCCUAUUGGGGAUAACAACAGUAGUCGCACUUGUAGAAAUAAAGCGUAUCGAAUCACGCUUCAGACCAGCUUGAAACAAAAAGGGAAUCCCAAAACGCCUUCCUCAUUCCAGGACACUUCAACAGGAUGCCAGAAGAGCUGCAUUACUCUACAGUGGUUUAAAAAAAAUAAAAAAUGUCUUCACCAAAAGUGGAGGAGGGCCCUGCUCCCCACUCUCAAACCUUUGGAGGAGUGGCAUUCUGUUUGGGGGUUCUUUGUGUCCUGUUGGUGUCAACCAUUUUACCUCUCUGUGUCUACUUCAGCACUGCCCUCUCAGAGCACAACACAAAUUUGGUGAGGGAACUGGAGCAGCUAACAGAUGAGCAUAUAUCCCUACUGGCAGCCAAUCAGGACCUAAUGAAUCUCUACUGCAAGCUGAGUGUAGCCAAUCACAUUUUGCAGAGCGAUUACAUCAAAGUGUCUACUGAAAACCAACAAUUGAAGGCAGAGAGGAUGAACUUGUCAAGAGACAGGGAUGGGCUCAACUGGACUCUUGGGGUCAUAUUUGAGUUGAAGAAUUUCCCAGUUGAUAACUACUGCCCAUAUGAAGAUGCCAACACCAAAGAUAGAGAGUGCAAACCUUGUCAAGUUGGCUGGGUGCUGUUCCAAUCCAGUUGUUACCUGUUUCUGCACAUUAAAGUCCCCUUCGGUCACCUUUGGAGGACCUGGCAAGGAAGCAGACAGCACUGCAAAAACAACAAUGCCGAUUUGGUUGACAUAGGCAAUCAAGAGGAACAGGUAGGACACUACUACAGGAAUUCAUUCUCAACAACACUCAAGCCUACUAUGAUGAAGAUCAUGGGUACUGGAUCGGCCUGACUGACAUAGCAGAAGACGGUCAAUGGCUUUGGGUUGAUGGACGUAAUCAGAAUCUGACUGAUGGGUAAGGACAUUCCAAAGAAGCAUGUUGCCUAAAACAAUUCUUCACUAAGGGCUGGAUUCAAUUGGCACCGCAGAAGAUUCACAAAAUUUUAAAUCAAUGUUCCCACGUUUGCAGACUGCAUUCAUGGUCAACGCUGCAUGCCGGCCCAAUUGGAAACCAUUACCUUUGAAUCUUAACGUGGCUCUUCCACGAUACAGAUUGAAUCCAGCCUUAAAUCAUUGUUUUUUCAUUCAUUGUAGGAUUUCCUUUCACAGGUUUUGGAAGAUUCAACCUGUAUGGGGUCGCGAUUGUGCUUUAACUAACCCAAACAAUGCACCUUUGGCUAAUUGGAAUGCUGCAUCAUGUGGCCAGAGAAACCGAUGGAUCUGUGAGAGUAAAGCAUUAAUAUGGUCAGGAUAAAUUGAGCCACGUUCAGUCAAAAAAAAUAUUGUAUAGCAGUGUAUAACAAUUCUUAAAUAGAACACUUGUGUAGGGCUUUCAUAGGUUCCGUUUAUUUAUUUUUUAAUAAUUGCUGUUUUAUAAGCGAUGCAAUACUUCUAAAUCAGCAGCUUUAAUUGUCACUUCAUGUAAAUGUACCUCAGAGUAGUAAGGAAAGUUAUUUGAGCAAAGAAAAUGCAUUACUGUGCUCAAAUGUAGCAACCUCAUAUCUGAUGUUGAUAUCACAUUGUUUAAAACAGCCGUGUUGAGAAUAUUUAAUACAAGACCACCAGACAAGUAUAAAAACACCAGUUGACGCUGAAAUAUAUAUUUUCUUAUAGUCUGUAGCUGAAUUUUUCCAUACAAAUAAAUAUGUUGACAAGAAACAAAACAUCCUUUUUGCAUGGUGUUGCAAUAAUGGCCAUUGAGCGUUAAUUAGAAAUAUACUUCACUUCAUUAGAUGGUUUCAUGUGUCUGAGACUUAUUAGAGCGCUGACCCAAAUCCCUGACCCGUUUCCUCUCCAACUAGUCCUCAUCAAUCUGGUUGCUGUUGUUUAGCUUUCUUCUAUUUUUUUAGAGGUAUGGAGUCCGAUACAUCAUGCAACCUGUCCUCUACUGUCUGCUUGUCCUCCUUGCAUUUUUUCUUUUGACCUUUUAUUUUAGGUUCCUCCUACACAGUUCUCACUUCCUCUAUUGCUCCAUCCCGUUUCUUUUUCUCUUUUGGAGGAGAGUCCACCAGGUUCCGAUUGGUUGGUUUCUCUAUCAGAGUGUUCCAUCUCCCCAGCCACCAUAGCCACCUCUGUUCUUGGAGGACUUCUUCUUGGUAGUAGUGUCUGAGUCAGUCUGUUGCCGAGUGGCACCUUCUCCCUCUGAAGCCUCUUCACAGCCACCUCCGGCUUAACUCCCUAUAGAGAUGACAGCAGUUUCACACCUCUCCAUUUAGAUGACAGCUCUCGCCCUCUUCCAACACCUUCCUCUGUUUUGAACGUUUCCUCUUGGUUGGCUGAGCGUUGUCUGUUGUAUUAUCUUCCACAGAAGAUAAUAGUCCUUCCUCUACAGGAACCACUGCCACCUCUCCAGUGUUCUCCUUUGAACUUCCCUUUAUUUCCAUGUUGGUACUUCUGUAGACGACAGCAGAAUCAGCAUUCUCUUCAGCCACAUUCUCACGGGUGUCCUCAGUGACUCUUCCUCUCCCCCCCCGGGUCUCAUCCUUCAGUUCAUCCUCGGGGAUCUGGGCAGCUGGCUGGGUAACGGUGGUGACGCUAUCUGGUGUUGCAGCCGCUAGUUGGUUUUUCUUGCCAUACUUUGCCAUGAACUCUUGCUCCUGCUGCUCCAGUCUGGCUAGCUUGGCACUCAUGGUAAGGCCGUAUCUGGCUCCUCUGUGGCGAACAGGAAUAGGGACAAACAAUGUUUAGCUUCCUUAUUAAGACGUGCAAGACCAGGUUCAAGCCCUUCACGAACAGCAUGCACCAAGAUAGAACACACAUUCAUGUGAUUUGUUUAUGGUUUAUUACAAACUUAUUGGUGACAAGCAACUUACUUACUUGUGAGCGGUGCGUCCUCCACAAGCCUUCACCAGGUCAGCGUCAAAGGGAAAUAACAUUUAUUAUUUAACCCUGUGAGUACAUAAAACCACUGUCGUUAAUCUUCACAUUGAUAUGAAAACAAAUAACCUUCAAAUUUAUAUUAAUCCCUGUAUGGUGGUGGAUGGUUUUGGGCAGUGCGGUUCUUACUUGGUGGUGCUGGAGAGUUCCAGUCUCUGGUCUUCAUCGUCAGAGCUGUACUAUCAAGAGGGCUCAUUGGCACAGAUAUGGAAGUGUGUUCCAGUUAGAUUUGUUUAUCUGUACCUUCACAAAGCAUCCAUAAAGUUUAUCUUCCCAGCAUGGCUUUCGUUGGCUGCUGGUUGGAAAUCAUUCCUUCCUCUUCCUCCUCAACCAACUUCUUCACCUGCACACCAUUCUACAACAGAAAGGUGGAGAUGUAGCCUAGGCCCAAUGUAAGUGUGUGUGUGUGUGUGUGUUAGUGGUAAAAUACUCUUUCAUUUCACUCACCCCUUCUGAGGACUUAUUUCUCCAAAUUAGAAGAUGUCCCACCCCUCCCUUGCCACAUUCACUAUGCUAGCCUCACAUACCAUUCUUCUGCCGACAAAGACCUUUACCUGUGAAC